AUGGCUUCACAAAAGGAAGCAGAGGCGACCUUAUCAUCUUCCAUCUCGUCAACAAAUUCGGCGGCAGCAGAUGAAAAUUAUGAGUUUUAUAAACAGCAUCAAGGUCUUGAAUAUACGCCAGAAGAAGCCAAAAAGGUGUUGCGAAAGAUUGAUAUAGUGCUCAUACCGCUGCUGUUUCUUAUUUACAUGCUCCAAUAUCUGGACAAGAACAGUAUCAACUUUGCGUCCGUUUACGGCCUAAAGGAUGGAACACACCUGAAGGGUCAACAAUAUUCAUGGCUGAGUUCUAUCUUCUAUUUCGGAUACCUCAUUGCGCAAUGGCCUGCUGGACUAGCAUUGCAAAAGCUCCCCGUGGGUAAAGUGAUGUCAGCUACCACAUUGGUAUGGGGUGGCCUUCUCAUGACAACACCCGCGUGCCAUAACUUUGCCGGAAUUGCGAUCAACCGCUUCCUACUAGGUGUAGUUGAGGCGAUCGUCACUCCCGGAUUCGUUCUCAUGAUGAGUAUGUGGUACACAUCGGAAGAACAACCUUUACGUCUAGAAGCUUGGUACUGCACCAACGGUAUUGCGACAAUGUUUGGAGGUUUAAUCGGAUAUGCCGUUGGACACAUCACGACCGGUCUACCACGAUGGAUGUACGUUUUCCUCAUCUUUGGAGCCUUUUCAAUUGCAGUGGGAAUUGCUGCUGCGAUUUUGCUCCCCGAUUUACCAUCAACAGCCAAGUUCCUCACCGAACGUGAGCGAGCAAUCGCAGUUGAGCGUGUCGCUAUCAAUCGGCAGGGUGUCAAAAGUAGCCAAUUCAAGUGGUAUCAAGUCAAACAAGCGGCAGUGGAUCCCAAAACAUGGCUUUUGUUCAUUAUGGCCAUUGGCGCGCAGGUUCCCAACUCCGCAUUGACCAGCUUCACCUCCAUCAUCGUUGGAACUUUUGGAUUUGAUACACUUGGAACCCAGUACCUCCAAAUCCCUGGCGGCGCGGUUCAAUUCAUUACUCUGCUUCUUGGUGGUUGGAUAGCAACCAAAUUCGACGGCAAAUUCCACUCUCGAUUUGCAUGCAUGAUCUUUGCCUGCGCCGUCUGUAUCAUAGGAGCAAGUCUUCUAGUCGGACUCCCCGAUGACAACAAAUGGGGGCGCCUUGUCGCACUCUGGCUGUGCUACUUCCAAGGACUGGGAUUCAGCAUGACUUUGAUCAUUGUCAGCUCCAACAUUGCAGGAUACACCAAGAAGCAGGUAACGGGUGCCCUCUUAUUCACCGGCUAUUGUGUUGGAAACAUCAUCGGACCGCAAACCUUCAAGGAUAGCGAGGCCCCUGGAUAUCACAGUGCUUAUAUUGCCAUGCUUGUUGGCUACAUAGUCAAACUGCUCUGCAUAGUCGCCUUAUACAUCUAUAUGUUCCUUGAGAACAAGCGCCGUGACCGCCAAGCCAUCGAUGGUCAAGAAGUCGAAUCGGAAGGCGUUGAGAACGGGAUGCUGGACAAAACGGAGAUCGAAAACAAGGGCUUCAGAUAUGUUCUUUAA